AUGGCAUCGCAAUUUAUUCAAAUAGCCUUGGAAGCCGACAAAGUCGUCGUCUUUUCCAAGUCUUACUGUCCUUACUGCAAGAAAGCGAAGGAUGCUUUGAAGCGAGCGAAUAUUCCUUUCAAAGCUUAUGAGAUCGAAAAUCGCUCAGAUUGCGCCGCCAUCCAAGCUGAAUUCCGAAAAAUGACAGGCGCUCAGUCCGUCCCUCGAGUCUUCAUCAAUGGCAAGUUCUUCGGCGGUGGCGACGAAACAGCAGCUGGAGUCAACUCUGGAAAGCUUCAAAAACUCCUUUAA